UAUAAAGUGCCGCUUGCAUCCGAUCGCUCGACGAAGCCAGCUAUGAGAGGCCUGAGGAGAUGGACGUGGAGGGAAAGCGGCACUUUGACUGAGAGCAAGGUCAGGAACGCGCUGCCCCACGCUCCCCGCCGCUGAGAAGUUCCUUGGACAAGAACACACGUCGACUGCAGCUCCGCAGAGCGAGGAGCUGGGGAGCGAGCGCCGGCGAGUCGCCCACGCCCGCCGCGGGGAGAGGCAGAUCGCGCACCUCCGCCCCGGCUCGGCCCCGCGCACCCUGCCAUGGCGGAGGUGGGGGGGGUCUUCGCCUCCUUGGACUGGGAUCUGCACGGUUUUUCCGCAUCCUUGGGGAACAUGCCCUUAGCCGACUCCCCCGGUUUCCUGAACGAGCGCCUGGGCCAGAUCGAGGGGAAGCUGCAGCGCGGUUCGCCCACAGACUUCGCCCACCUGAAGGGGAUCUUGCGGCGCCGCCAGCUCUACUGCCGCACCGGCUUCCACCUGGAGAUUUUCCCCAACGGCACGGUCCACGGCACCCGCCACGACCACAGCCGCUUCGGCAUCCUGGAGUUUAUCAGCCUGGCUGUGGGGCUGAUCAGCAUUCGGGGAGUGGACUCUGGCCUAUACUUAGGAAUGAAUGAACGAGGAGAGCUAUAUGGAUCGAAGAAACUCACUCGCGAAUGUGUUUUCCGGGAACAGUUUGAAGAAAACUGGUACAACACCUAUGCCUCCACCUUGUACAAACACCUGGACUCGGAAAGACAGUAUUACGUGGCCCUGAAUAAAGACGGCUCACCCCGGGAGGGAUACAGGACUAAACGACACCAGAAAUUCACUCACUUUUUACCCAGGCCUGUAGAUCCUUCUAGGUUACCCUCCAUGUCCAGAGACCUCUUCCACUAUAGGUAACAGACCCUAGGGUGACCUCUGUAGCCCAUAUACUUUGGGGACACAGUUGUCUCUGCAAGCACUAUACUCGUAGCUUUUCAAUUCUCUUUCCUAUCAAUUUAGAUAGCAAAGAAACACUUACUGUUCAACUCAACCCAACUGUUCCCUUGUUGUUCAAAGUGUAUAUCAAAGUUGGGUUAUUUUGGGGAGGGAUGUGGGGGGAAGGGUGGGCUAAAGGGAAUCUUGUAUAUACUUUUUUCUUUACUCAUGUACUUUCCCCUGAGGUGGUAUGAAAAAGACUGGGGGCCCCUGCCAAGGGCCAAGGGUACCUCACUCCACAAUCUACCCAAAUACCUUGACAAUGGGUAAAUGAAAGACCAAAAGAUCUGCCACAGAUGCUACCUACAGAGCUUUGGAAAAGUCUCAUUCAGAAAAAUCCUCAGGGCCACAGCCCUGAUGCAAGCCAUCCUUGAUUUGGCUCUGCAGAUUUCUCAUCUGUCCUGACAUGCAGUUUUCCUGCCAUUGGAAGUGGGAAAUGGGGAAUAUUGCAAAAAGAAAAUGCUAUUAAAAUGUAAGCAUGGAUACUGUGCAUAAGGACAAACUAUUUAUGAAAUGUAUAUGCUAUUUAUUUUAUAUAUUUAUUUAUUUCAAAAUAAUUUUAUUUUUAAUGAGAGAUGCUAUGACUGGAUUUUCAUCAGAAAGAAUAAGGUCCUACUGAAACAGGAUAAAUUUGUUAUUAAAGGCUUUUAUUGGCAAUAAAAUUGUCUUUAUAUUGUAACCACUGUCUAAUUCUAUUGAUUUGUACAUUUAGUAGGAUGAGUCAGCUUCUUUCUUCUCCAACUUCUUAGAAUUUCCUGAUGUCAGCAUCACACUGCCUAGGCUUGAUGACCCAUUAUUCACAAUAUUAGUAUUAUCUAGGGGCCCUGUCUAAAGUCCUUUCUGAUUCUAUGACAUUGGUGAACAAAGUUUCAGAAAGGCCUGAAUCAACAUCUCUUAUGGCAGCUCCCAUUUGUGAUUAGGAUUUAGGCAUAGAAAAACCCUCCUUUAGGAUUUGGUUAGGGCCCAAAGCAUGGAAAUCAGAAACCCUACUUGG